AGCCCAUUAAGCACCCACAACGCUCUCCAUUCCCCUCCCCCCGCCCUCUCCAAAGCGAAGCCGCUGAGCUCGGAGAGACCCUCCAUCACCAGCUCACCCAAACCACACGAAGCAGAUAUACAUGGCGGCGUCCGUGGCCUGCGCCUUCUUCUUCGACGCGGAGCCGCUGGGCGAGCCCGGGCGGCACGCGCUGGACGCCUGCGCGCUCUGCGCCAAGCCGCUCGCCCGCAACAGCGACAUCUUCAUGUACAAGGGCGACACGCCCUUCUGCAGCGAGGAGUGCCGCCACGAGCAGAUGCACCACGACGCGGCCUACGCGCGCCAGGCCGGCCGCCGGAAGCAGCAGCGGAGCAGCGGCAGGCGCGAGGGCGGCGAGGCCUCCGUGUCCGCCAAGUCGGGCGUAUCCGUUGCCAGCUACUAGUAGUAAGCAAGAGGAGCCAGGCGGGGAAGGAAGAAAGCGACUGCUCGUCUUGGCUGAACCAGCUAAGCUACUGGAGAUCCGAACAUGGAGGCGCUCGGGCUCGCUUUGUUUGGGCGCAGAAACGAAGCGAACUCGGGGGGUGGAUGUGGAUCUGAAGAUUGAUGAAGGCAAUAGAGCCAGCCAGAUUGGCCUGACCUUGUUUUUGUUUGGAUCUCCUGGGUUGGCCGUGGUGCGCGAGGGGGUUGAGGCCUGAGGGCGUGUGUGUGUAAAUGUACGAGGCAUCUAAACAAGCUGUGCCACAAGCCAUGCAAUUUUGAUCGCAAACUUGUUCCUGACUAGUACUUUUCUUCUGUGUGUGCUUUUUUCUCUGUACUGAUAGGACAGAUGAUAUCUCGCAAUCGCAAACAUGUUCAAUUGUUCCCCGUUGA